UACGAAAGUGGAGAAUGAAAGUGAAAUGAAAAACACGUGUAAAGAUUUUAAGAUACGUUUAAAGAUUAUUAUUUCACCUGACUUCUUUGUAUGUUAUGCGCAUGAUUUUAUUUUUGCAUAAAACAUCCUACUUGAUGUUACUCUUUAUUUACAUAUAUGUCACGUACCGUUCAACUAUACUUUACGAAAGCUUAAUUAUAAAUACUACAAGCAGGAUAAAUACGCGCAUGUAUUAAAUAAUCCGAGAUUCUAUAAUUCGCGAAAUUUAUACAAAAAUAUCGAUGACCAGAUGCACUCGUUCAACCGUGGACGAAAUACUUUUAUGCUAAUAUUACAGGUUUUAAUUUAUUAUUAUUAACAGUGUUCUUUUAGGAAAAUAGAACGUAAAUAAAAGUGGAGACAGGAUGGCAUCGGGGAAGAAGUUGAGUAUUUGGGAAAGAUACACCGCUUUCAGCGAAACCGACAUCAAGGCGGUAAAGACCCUCAGUUAUGGGAUCGCUAGCAUAAGUUUAGCGGUUGCACUCUAUCGCAUCAGGCCUUUUGCUAAAUUUAGGAAACCGUCCAGUUUACCAUCUCGCUUUCUACGCCAGAAAGUUCAGCUUCACGGUACAGUGGUGGGUGUCGAACCUGGCUCUGAUACACUGCUAAUGGUUGAUCACAAGCCAUUAAUACCUUUGCCUCGGUUGAGCAGUCCAAAGUAUUUGCCAAUUAAAAUAGCUGGCAUUGAUGUAACAUCGAAUGGCAUCAACUGGUUACAAACAAUCGUUAAAGGAAAGGAAAUAACUUUCAUACCUUUAGCUAAGGAGAAGGACUGUGUAACUUGUAUAAUAUUAAUGCAACAAAAUCAGGAAUGUAUUAAGAUUGCUGAGGCAUUGACGAAAGUUGGCUUUGCUCUGGUGAGAAACGAUCCCUUAAAGAUAACGAUGAAGGACAAAGAUGUUUUGACGUAUCAGAAACGUUUGUCGAGUGCACAAAAGUGGGCAGAACGUAAGAGAAAUGGGUACUGGCAAUUUGUUAAACGUCCUACUCUUUUAUGGAAAGCCCAAGAAAGCUUGAGUAAAAAGCUGAAGUCUGUACUGCCAAAUUUUAUAACACAACAGCUCAAUAUUUGAGUAUAGUCGUUCCCAUUAUCCUUCAGUUCUUAAUAUUGUUAUAGGACUAUACAGAGUUGAAACAUAUUUUCAUAAUGAAUAUAUUAACAGUGUUAAUCGUAAUUUUUAAAACCAUGUACUUAACGACUUGUGUUAUUCUAAGUGCAUUCUAUUCCUAGAGAGGCAAACAACGAAAUGAAAUAAGUAAAGACACACUUUUUUAGAAAA